UUACUCAUUCUUUUCCAUCUGACGUACAGAAAAACUCGGAGCGGGCUGGCAGCAUUCAAAAGGCCAACCCAAUGAUUAUGCGUCUACUUGAGGAUCACCCUCUAGAGACGCGAAAGCUCGGUCACAGUUCAGGGGUGGAGGCACGAAGCAGGCUUCCGCUGGGCGCCAAAUCAGCCGACCCCAAACUCAUGACCACGCCGAUUGUGGUCAUAUAUCGUUGUGCUCCUGGAAGCAGGCCGAAGAAACCAGCCGCGUCUCCGGAUAGCAGUUUCCAUUCGACCACCACAGGCCUCUCCCCCACCAAAGGCAGGGAUGCCUUAGAGGAGGCAAACCUCACAUGCAAACAGCGCUCAAAGUACGUGGAGCUACCAACGCUUAUCUCCGUAACAGAGGACUCAGCUACAGCUAUGCACUCCCCAACAAAGCCACAGCCUCUGAAUUGGACUGAGUCAGAUAUGCGGGGACGAGCAUCAAAGCCAGUCUCCAACUCCACUCCGUCAAAAAGGGCCUCUUUCCUCGACAACGAAAUCCUUAAGCAUGACCACAGCCAUCCGGAAAAUUCCUCGUGCAUCCAGUUUGGCACACUGAUCGCCGGUGGAUCGGGUGUUCACAUAAACACGAAAGAAGAGCAACUGCAACCGAACAAGCCUCAUAAAAUUCGCCAGAUUAGAAAACUGCUGGCUGGCUUCAAGUUGCAAUCAUCCGUGAAAACGAGCCUCUUGGGAGCGCCACCAAAAUCAUUACUUCCUGGUGCCACUACCCACCGCUCAGGGCCUCACAGAGACACUUUUCCGGUCAAACCGCGCCAAAGCACCCAAGAAUCCAGAAAGGCGAAAGCUUGCCGCAAAUCUUUGAUUAACAGUAAAUAUGGUCGCCUAAAAGGGGCUGCUGAAAGAGCUACAAACAGCAACGGUCGAAAGUUUCGCCCACGGGAAAAAAAUCCAUCCCCCAAAGCCAAAAGGCCGAGCAAACCGGGCUCCCACGGAACGAAAAAACCUCGCAAGCGAAAAGCACCCCCAAAAACCACAAAGAUAGGAAGCAGACGACAUCGCCCCAGAGGCCCCUUUGGAACCAUGGACUCAAACCCGACAGCAACUAUUAAGUCUGCUAACCACCCUGGUCACUCAAAUUUCGUCUCCGCACCCUCGGAGGCACCAGAGACAGUGUUGAAAUGCUUGUCCACAAACCGCCUCAGCUCUUUCAACAAACUCGGCGACGCUAAACAUUCGGCUUGCCUUGGACAACCGUCCAUAAUCGCGCCUACAGAGACCUGGUUCACACCAGGUGUCUCUGAUUUUGAGAUCUCGAUAGACGGUUACUCUAUUUUUUGGGCAGGUGGGGUUGCUCUCUACUUACCUGCGGCCCUAAUAAUCCCGAGUGUCCUCUCGGACACCAACCCCGCACCCUUUUGCGAUGCACUGUGGGUCCGAAUCCCGCUGAGUGGGUCCGAUUCUCUCCUUCUCUGUAUGGUCUACCGUAGCCCUUCGAGUCCCACUAAAGAUGACCAAUUCCACACACAAACCCAUGAGCAACUUUCCUCGAACUACCACUUCACUCACCUCCUGCUGGUAGUUCUAACUUUCGGAUCGGAGUUCGACAAACAGCGCCGCUUUAUCGGAUCGAUCGAUCCGGCUUGCAAUGUCCUAGAAAUAAUGGAGGAUGCCUAUGGAGAUGCACGGUAUCUUUGCGAACAUUACUAUUCAGUUGCUCCGCAGCUAGUGGUGGAGACUUGUGGAGCUCCACAAGGCCAAGUGGAUUUCGUCUAUGUCCCGUCUCAUUUAUAUCACAUUUUAUUCGAAUUACUGAAGAACGCACUCCGGGCCGUUGUGGAGCACCAUGGUGACUGUUCGUCUGACAUUCCUCCCAUCAACGUUCUGGUUGCUGUCGGUCACGAGAACAUCACCAUUAAGAUAAGUGACUUAGGCGGAGGCAUCCCACAUUCGCAAAUGGAUCUCGUCUUCAACUACACUUACACUACAGCCCACGGGAAAGACCGCCGACCUCCUGGCGAAAGUGCAUCAAGUGAUCUGGACACUAAUGCACCUAUGGCUGGCUAUGGUUACGGAUUGCCACUUAGUCGACUGUAUGCCAGAUAUUUCAACGGUGACUUGAUACUGACGAGUGUCGAAGGGUACGGAACAGAUGCCAUUGUCUAUCUCAAACGAAACGCAGCUGAAGCUGAUGAGAUAAUUCCCAUUUUUAACCGAACGUCCGCAAGGCAAUACGAGAUAUCGGGCGUGCCUGUUGCAGAUUGGUCGAAUCCGCAGUUCACAACAGGUUGGCGAAGAACUUAGGCCAGCCAUUGUUUCAGUGUUUUCCGGUGUCACAAAGGCAUCUCCCUUAUUUCUGUUCAAUGUAACCAUUUAUCCUGUAAGGAUUCGCAGUGGUCCGCCCAAGGCUUGCGGCUGUGUCUCUAUACUCCUCUCUCCGGCAUUACAAACGUCCCACUUUCAUCAACCUGUUCAAUCCUAGUUCAAGUUCUACUCAUGGUUUGAUUUUGUUAUAUAUCUGCCCCUCCUAUCACCCACUGUUAAGUUAUUUUCAUCUCUGUUUAUUCCCUGCCCCCAGUCUCUUGAGAUCGUUAUCGUUUCUUUUUUGUAUCAUUCAUCCUAGAUUACCUGCUUAUUUCCUUUAUAUUAGGUGCCAUGUCGUUUGAUAAAUACCUUUCAUCCAAAUCGUC